AUGUCUUCGGUCCAGCCAUUGCGUGCUCGACAAGCCCAUGCUCCUGGCGCAACUUACCUCGCAUACACGCCCAACGGGAAGAAACUCGUCACUGCCGGCGUCGACAAUUACUGCCGUGUCUUUAGCACCGGAUCCGACGAUGAGCCGGUCACUGUCGAUGAAUGCCAGGAGAACAACACCGCCGUCGUCGCUGGCAAUGGCUUCUUUAUUACAGGUUCCGAGGACGGAACAGUGAGCCGAUUCUCGCUCGACAAUGGCAAGUUUGAAGAGAUACUUGUCAGAACCACACUGCCGGUGCGAGAUGUAGCCAUGAGCCCAGAUGGCAAUUGGAUUGCUGUUGCCAGCGAUGAGCUCGUUGUCAACCUUGUAAGCGUAAAGAACAAGUCCAUGCGAACCCUCCGCGACCAGCCUCGUGCUGUGAAGCACGUAUCUUUCGACAAGACCGGAACUCAGCUCGCCGUAUCCUGCACCGAUGGCCAGGUCUACAUGUACAACCUAGAUGGAGAGCAGCCUGAAAUGGUCAAGAGGAUAGAGGGCAUGAUCAAGAGCAUGGAGACAGAGUCAGAGUCCAGUUCGAGAGUGCUGUGGCAUCCUGACGGACGGGCAUUUGCCACGCCAACUGCCAUGCGCCAGAUGCAGGUCAUGUCAACCAGUGACUGGGAGCGGCAGCGAGUUUUCAAGACAGGCCACGCUGCAGACAUUACCGCUGCGGCGUGGUCGCCCAACGGCGCUUUGUUAGCAACAACAUCGGGCGAUCUCAGCCUAUGCCUCUGGGACACCAAGACUCAAAAGCUGCUCAAGAAGUUUGACCAUGUCAAGGCGACCAUCCUGGCCAUGGCAUGGCAUCCAACCGAAAACAUACUCUCCUACACCAACAAUGAGGGCGAACUCUUUAUCCACACGGACAUCGUCCCGGAAGAACACCUCCCCUUACUCCAGAAGCCCACUGUUUCAGCACCCUUUUUCCACGACCCAUCAGAAGGCCGAGCAGGUGUUCCUCAACCAGCCAAGCUUACCGCGGGCAAUGUCCAGACGCUUCCUGGACGCCCCCGGCCAAGAAGCGGGACACCAGAUUCGCUCGAGGAUAUUCUAGGCCCUGAGUUCCAAGACGACGAAGCCCAGGAAGAUGGCGAUGAGGAAAUGAACGACUUUGUUGUAGACGACGACGGCGCAGGCUAUGCACCCGCCAUGAAUGCAGCCAAGAAGCGCACAAACGGACACCUUGCGAACGGCGUCGAACCAGCGUCCAAACGGCGCGCAUACAGCUCUGCUCUCUUUCGUCCCCAAGUCCACGAGCCUUUCCAGCCAGGCAGCACCCCCUGGCGAGGCAAUCGCCGAUUACUAUGCUGCUCGUUGACUGGAUACGUCGAGACAGUCGAACAAGAGGGCAAGCAUCACACAGUCAGCGUGAAAUUCUACGACGAGCACACGUUCCGCAACUUCCACUUCACCGACAUCUUUCUGUACGACAAAGCGAGCCUCAACGAAAAAGGAACGCUAUUUGCAUGCCAGCCCAACAGCACGGGCGAGGGGAACCAAGCCAUGAUUUACUACCGACCGCACGAGACAUGGACAACGCGCACAGAAUGGCGCACCAACCUGCCGACAGGGGAAUCCGUGACUGCAAUCGCACUCUCAGAUUCGUACGUGUGCGUCACCACAUCCGCAAACUACGUCCGCAUCUACUCGCUCUUCGGCCUGCCCAUUCGCGUGUACCGCCAAAAGAGCUCGCCGGCAGUAACAUGUGCCGCGUGGCGCGACUACAUCCUCACCAUAGGCAACGGGCCGCUGCAAAACGACCUGAGCACACAGCUCCUCUACACAAUCGAAAACAUCAAACACGACAUUGUAUACCAGGACUCUGAUAUCCUGGCCCUGCCCCCCGGCACCACACUGACGUCUGUCUUCUUCUCCGCAGAAGGCGAUCCCUACAUCUACGAUUCCGACGGCGUCCUCCUGACGCUGCUGGGAUGGCGCAACACAGGACAGGCCCGCUGGGUGCCCAUGCUGGACACGAAGCUGCUCUCGCGCCUUGCCGCCGGGAAAAAAGAAGAGUCAUACUGGCCCGUGGGCGUGGCGUCCGCACCCGCGGCAGACAGCACCGCCGGCAGCGCGCGCUUCCACUGCAUGAUAAUCAAGGGCCGAGAGCAGUAUCCCAGUGCGCCCGUCCCGCACCUGUCGGAAUUCGCCUUUGAGAUCCCGCUCGCGAGUGCGAUUGACAAGCGUAGGGGUGCGAAGAAGAGGAGGGGAGACGAUGUGGACGAGGAGGAGGAUGACGAGGAUGAGGAUGAAGCGGCGAAACCUCAGACUAAUGAGGAUAAGCAGCUGGAGCAUGAACAGGCUUUUAUCCUUUCUUCGACGUUGCACUCGCAGUUGGCGUCGACGCUGCUUCAUACGCGGCCGACGUCUUCGCAAAAGGCGGCGCUGGGAGCGCUCGAGGUGGCGAUUGAUCGCGCCCUCUUGCAGUUGCUUGGCUUGGAGUGUCUGGCGGGCGAGGAUCAUGGCAUGAAGGCGCUGGAAAUCGUGAGCUUGAUGCGCGAUGCCAAUGGCAAGAUGCUCGAUCUAGCGGGCAAGGUUGCUUCGCGAUAUGGACGCGAGGUGCUGGGCGAGAAGAUUAGGGAGCUGGCAGAGAGAAAGGCACUGGCUAGGGACGACGACGAGGAUGAGCUGUAG